AUUCACACGUGUAAACGCAGCUGACGCAACUUUAAUUUUUUAUUAUCAUUACAAAAAUGAUUGUUCUGUUUAUUCACGUUCUUGUUCAUAUAAACACUAGGGAAUCAGAAAAUUGUGAUAAAUUACUUUAAAAAAAGAUUCUAAAAAGAAUUAAUGAACUUUCAGUGAAAGUGUGAUGAUUUUGACAGAUCAGCUGACAACUUAACCUAUACACUUACACAUAUAAACGUAUAUUUUCACACGUAUUGUAUGUCAAAACAAAGAUGAAAGUCAACUAAAGUUUCAUGAAAUCGUGAUUUCCAAAAGUUCGUCAUUGACGUUUCCAGUGCUAUUAUAAAGUUUUUGAAUGUAUUGAAAGUCUUCAAAGUUGUUUAUGAAUUAAAUAACGUACGAAUUUUUGUUCAAAAUGGGUGUCAUUUUUCUAGAACAUAUUGGAGGCUCUCGUCUUUUUUCAUGCGCAUCGUGCGACACAAAUCUCACAAACAGAGGUCAAUUGAUAAGUACUCGUUUCACUGGUGCAACUGGAAGAGCUUUUCUUUUUAAUAAAGUCGUCAACCUAAAUUACAGCGAAGUGCAGGAUCGUGUGAUGUUGACAGGACGUCAUAUGGUUCGUGAUGUGAGCUGCAAAAAUUGUGAUUCAAAACUCGGAUGGAUAUAUGAAUUUGCAACAGAUGAAAACCAAAGAUAUAAGGAAGGCCGCGUAAUUCUUGAACGCGCCCUUGUUUCGGAAAGUGAUGGAAUGAGCGAUAAUGUUUAAACUUUUACCAAUUUCUAGAGCGCUAUAUUAGAUUGUAAGAGAUAAGUAUAUAUAUAUUUUUUUUUUGUAUAAACUAAUGGUUCGAACGUUCUACUGGAAAUUUAAAAACUUAAAUAAUCUUUUUCAGUUUCGUUCUAUAUUUUUCUUUUGAAAAAGUUUGCAUUUAAAAUAUUGCUUUUUAUUUAAUUCGCAUAUAUAUAUAUAUAUAGUUAAUAGAAAAUUAAAAAGAAAAAAAAGUGAUUACUUUUCAGAAAAUUUCACACAAAAAAAAGUUUUGUGUUAAUUAAUCUAUAUUCAUUAAAAUAUUAAUGUUUAUUUAACAAAAAUGAUUCAAUCAUUAUUAAUGAUUUAAUUCAAAACCACUAAUUUUUUAUGAGUGGUUUUAUAACUUUUUUUCGAAUUAAAAAAACAUGGUAUCUAUUACACUAAAAGAGUUUUUGUAUCAAAAAUUAAUAUAAUUUAUUUAAAAAUGGGGAAAACUCUGUUUUUUUACUAUUCCAUACGACUAAAUAGUACAAAAACAGCCCAUUUUGAAAUAAAUUAUAUUAAUUUUUGAAAUAAAAGUCUUUCGGUGUAGUAAGUUUUUUUUUCAUUAGUUUAUCGUAAUGUUAUAUAGAAUAAAUAUUGUUAUCUUAUAUAUACCUUUAAUAUUUUUAGACUUAAAAAUAAUUAAAAUCUCAGUAAAAAUGAAUUUAUUACGAAAAUACGAAAAAAACGAAAAAUAUUUCAAAUUUUGUACACCAUUUUUUUUCUUUUUACUGAGAUAAGAUACUUAUAUAUCAUUAUUGUGACAAAAAUGUCAUUACUGCCAGAAUAGAAUUUACAACAUUCAUUAAGGAAUGAAGUACACUUUUGUCUUUUACAAAAUAGUGUAAACAGGUUCAUUUUUUUUGUGGCUGAUUUAAAAAUAUUUUUCAAUCUCUGUAUUUAUAAAAUACAGUUUGUGCUGCGUGUUCGCCGAAAAAAAAUAGAUUUAGAUGUAAGGAUUCGAAAAAAAGUGAUAAAUAAAUCCUUUUGCUGAAUCGAAAA